GCGUCACCCACUAUCCUCCCUGCCGACCCACAUACAUAUAUAUCACUGGUUUGACUGUUUUGAUCUACGUGCGUAUGUACGCCUACUACCAAUAUCGCCAAAAGUCACGUGCACAAUUUGAAGACAAAUAGGUAAAUGCUAGCUAUCAACAGCUUACAGAUCUAGCACGCUUUGUCUGUUACUAACGUAUAUUUAUAGGAAUAAGUGACAUUGGCGGAAUCAGCUGUUUGCGGAUAAAGUUUUGGAAGGCCGUUAUAAGUUGAGAUCACGUUACAGUUCUUGGGCCGUGCAUGAACUAGACAAACGCUCAGUUAAGUUUGUGAAUGUUGCUGAAAGAAACGCUGUGUAUGUUUAGGAUGUAUGUUUGACACGCCGACGACAGAGGACCCAUCGCCAUCAUGAGACUGACUCGAAGACUUCUUCAGAAGCUGUCCUCAUUCCUGGAUAGGUAUUCGCAGUACAACCCGUCCCCCGUCUCCAUGAAACAGUUCCUCGAGUUUGGCAGCCAAACAGGAUGUCAGGAAUCGUCAUUUCACUUUUUACGCAAGGAGUUGCCGGUGAGGCUGGCAAACAUCAUGAAGGAAAUAAGUCUGUUACCUGACAAUCUUCUACGAAUGCCAUCCGUUUCUCUAGUUAUGAGUUGGUAUGAGCAAAGUUUCAAGGAGCUCCUUCACUUUGAGCAAGCUAACACUGAAGAUUUUAAAACUCUCACACAUUUCACGGAAAUGCUUGUACAGAUUCGGAAUCGACACACCAAUGUGGUCGAGACCAUGGCACAGGGCAUCAUGGAGAUGAAAGACGCGCACGGCAUUGACAGCACGUCCGAGAACCGAAUUCAGUACUUCCUUGACCGAUUCUACAUGAGUCGCAUCAGCAUUCGGAUGCUUAUUAACCAGCACACUCUUCUCUUUGGAUCAGAAAUUUCGAACCAUCCCCGCCAUAUUGGAUGUAUUGAUCCAAAGUGCAAUGUUCUUCAUGUGGUUGAAGAUGCCUAUGAGAAUGCAAAGUUUCUAUGUGAUCAGUACUACAUGGUAUCCCCUGAGGUUGACAUAAAGUGUGUGAAUGAUCACGACAAAGAGCCAGUUAUUCAGAUCGUGUACGUCCCAUCUCACCUGUAUCACAUGCUGUUUGAACUUCUCAAGAAUGCGAUGAGAGCAGUGGUAGAGAAGUACUUGGAAGAAGAUGACGUUCCCAAACUGAAGAUCAUAAUAGUGAAGGGCAAAGAGGAUCUAACUAUUAAGCUGUCGGACCAAGGUGGGGGAAUCCCACGACUGAAGCUGGAUCUGUUGUUUCAGUACAUGUAUUCGACUGCCCCUCUGCCUUGUCGCACAGAAGAAGGGUCUGCACCUUUGGCUGGCUAUGGAUAUGGUCUACCACUGUCCAGACUGUACGCCCGUUACUUCCAAGGAGAUCUCAUUCUCACUUCCAUCGAAGGCUAUGGAACCGAUGCCAUCAUAUAUCUCAAGGUCCUGUCGAACGAGGCGAGUGAACUACUACCAAUCUACAACACGACCGCAUCCAAGGUGUACGCGGCAGACAUCCCUGUCUGUGACUGGAGCUCCCCCUGGACCCCAACUGGGGGGUCGGGAUCCCAGUCGCGAUCCUACACCACGUGGAUGGCCGGUGCCAUGAGGAGAUCCUACAAGUUAUCAUGACCCCUGGCACACCACGGAGGACCAUAGAGUCCUUUUUGUUGUCUCAUUAACUUUUGAAAAUGUGGAAAUAUAAUAUUUCUUAGGGUAAUUGAAAUAAUGUGACAUUGUAUACAUUGUGUCCUUUUUUUAUGCAGAAGAUAAUAAUAUGAAGAAUGUUUUCACAGAACUUAGUAAAGUUCAAGAGAGAGGAAAAAUUGACAUACGCAAAUAAAUUACUUGUUAUAGCUUAUAUGCAUAGUGGUUGUCCUAAACUGGAUUACGUCCCCUAUGUGGUUAAUCAAAACCAGUGGUAUAUGAGACUUAGUUCAGUUAUAAAUUCCCGAAACCUUAGUGGUAUAGGGGUAUGUUAAAAAGGUACUCUCUCUCUCAGUUAUAAUCAUUGGAAACCUAUAACCUGGCGUGUGUGCAGAGGAGGGUUUUGAGUAUUGGUCCCUACCCUUAGUCCAUGUGAAUUUUUAUUUUUAAUGCAUAUUUCUGAUGAGCAUGGGGUGAUCCCUAUUAAACUUUUGUAAUCCCUGCACACGUACCUGCCUGCGUAUAACAUUGUGCUUUCUCGUCUCAUGAUCCGACGCCAUAUAACCGUAAAUAAAAUGUGUUGAGUGCGUCGUUAAAUAAAACAUUUCCUUCCUUCCUUCUCCUCUCAUGAACUUGAGGAGUUUUCUAAAAACACUGUUCAGAUGGUUGUUGUUGUAGUUCAGGCAAUAAUGUGUAAGAGGAGCACAAUUAUAUGUCAAUACGGUUUUCAGAAUGUUAAUAUAUUAUUGUGUGAAAUUUUCUGCGGAUAAAAUGCAAUAUAAGUAUUUUUUAAUAAUUGUCGGGCUUUUUUUAAUUUUGUUUUUAGCUUUUUUUUUAGUUUUUUUUUUAAACUAAUAAUUUAUAUCAUUCAUGAAUUUUAUUACUAGAAAAAAAAAAGUGUUGAACCCUGCCAUCAUGAGUUGUUUUGAUGCAUGUAGGUUGAAAGCUGAAACAUUUGUUAUUUGUUGCUGUUGAAUUGUUUUUCUCUGUUGCAAUAGAAUCUAGUUUGAGAUUUUCACAGCAAUCUUAGCACCACAAAAUUAUAAAACCAUCGUAAGCUAUGACGUUUCUAUGGCGUGUGCUGUAAAAAAAAAUGGCAAUCAGCGUAUUAAAAUAUUUGAUGAUUCUUUCACUUUUUAGUUGUUCAGAAGGUGAUUAAAAUAACAUUUUCGGAGGGGAAUUUAAGAGCAGGCAAAGGUUCCUUUGCAGUCAGAACUUUUGGUUACAAAGUCGUCUUAGGUCUUCAUACGGUCUUCAUAAUCUCGUACUAACCUCCAGGCUGUGAAUUUAGCGGAUUUGAAAGCUGAAACAUUUGUUAUUUAUUACUGCUGAAUUGUAUUUUUUUCACUGUUGGCAUAAAAUCUCUGACUUGAGAUUUUCGAAGCGUAUGCUGUAGUGACGUCAUAGCCUACAAUUGUUCUACGAUUUCUUAGUGCUAAGUUGAUCUACUAAAGGCUGCGAACUUAGCAUGGUUCCAUGCUUCUGCAGAUCUCAGUUUUUGGACCGGAAGCGUAAAAUUAUGAGAUGAAAUCCCCAAAUAUUAUCAAUAUUACAUCAGUUUACAAUUGCAUCAAAAUCGUAAAACAACAUCUUCAAAUUCAGUGCCAGCAUAUAAUAGCCCAAGUUUACAGAUCUAUAAUGGUUCUGGGUUUGUUUGGGGUUUUUUUAAAUUUCAUUCUCUUAUUGCCCAUCUUGUUUGUUUGAAAGUUUUGUUAAAUCAUUAACACUGGUUACCUUGUUAAUGUACAUGUACGUACUAGUAUUUAAAAUGUUUAUGUAUCUCAUUAUGUACAAAUAAAAUGCACAAGUACCAGGGUACUUUUACAAGAUAAAAUAUAAAAUUAAACAUUUCUAAAUGGAACACCCAAGGGACCAAGUAAAACAUUUGGUUUUUUAAGAGUGUUUGGUUUAGAGAGGUUCUGUUUUGUAUUAAUAUUCUAAAAAAAGGACUGAAAAAUGUCCGGUUUUCAGUGAAUUUCAGUAGAGGUGGGUGAGUGGAGUUGAUUGACAAGUGAUUUUUCACCAAGUGUUUACUAGCGGCUUAAAGUGCAAUUCAAUAACAUUAAUUUUGUAUGGUAAUCUGCUUGGAAAUGUGCACAAUAAAUCACCUCGAUGGAAAACGGGACCUAUGUGCUAUGUUAUACAUGUGUAUGUAUCUGGUAUUAAUUAAAUUAUGUAAACUUACUUGAGAAUGUUAAACAUACAUGUACAUACAAUAUAUUCCUUUGAAAAAAACUACCAUGUGGCUA